AUGGAGGCAGUGCAACCAGAGAUACCAAAGAAAGCGGUCCGCGCUUUAAAAGCUCGUCUUCAAGUUGUUAAAAAUCAUUUACAACCACUCUUACAAAAACCUUUGAAUGAAAUAUAUACCAAGUUACCUGUAACGCAACGUUAUGAAUUAGAAGUAUUAUUAACCUAUAGCUUAAAUACUUUAUUUUACAUCUAUUUAAGGACACAAGGAUCAGAUCCUCAAAAACAUGAAGUAAUGAAUGAAUUGGUAAAUUAG